GUAGUAUUUAUUUGGAUGACCCUAAACUUCGGACCUAUGAUAAGUCAAACUUGUGGGAAUACAAGUUUACUAUUCUUGUUUGGAGUGUUUGUUCUUAUUGCUGAAUACAAAGCCUGCUACUACCCUUCAUAUUCAUAAUGAUUUGGAGAAGAGUCAAUCAAAUACUAUGCAAACUUCACAUCCAGCCAUGAUCACAUCUCAUCACUUCAUCUUCAUCCUUCUCUUCACUUCAUCUCUCUUGAUUCUCUCCGCCGAUGCAAACUGCGUUCCUUCCGCCUGCGGUGCUAUUCGCAACAUCAGCUACCCUUUCCGCCUCACGAGCGAUCCCAACGACUGCGGUGAUCCCAGAUUCGAACUAACCUGCGAAAACAACGCCACCUUAGUUUAUAUAAACUCUUAUAAAUACAAUGUAAAAUCCAUCAACUACCAAAACUCCACCAUCAUGCUGAUUGAUGCUUCCAUAAAAAAUGACACACUCUGCAUCACUUCCUCGUCUCCUCCUCCUCCUUCCAACUCCAUGGAUCCUUACUACAAUUACUAUUCCGCUCUCCAACGGUCGGUUAACUUAAUUAGCUGCCCCAAUCCACUGCAAAAUUCUUCCCACAGACAUCACUCCAUACUGCACCUCGUAUUCGCCCCCUCCCGGAUUUAGAUACGUAAAGGUCGGGCGCCUCAAGGCCUCAGAGGUGCCACAGACCUGUGGAUUGGAUCUUAUAGUCAUGACAUCGUGGCCGAAAUUCGAGUAUUCGAAGAAGAAUGUCCCAUUUGAAGAAAUCCAGCAAUCUGUCUUGUAUGGAUUUGAACUCUCCUUCUGUUCUUGGUGCAGUGAGCAAGUCAUAAUGUGGAGCAAGAAACCAAGCAAGAGUGAUUUGCUAAUGCUAAUGCUUUUGAUUAUGGAAAAUGCAGAGAACCUCUUAUAUAAGUUAUUAGGACCACGUACACGGUUUCUCCUUAUUCCUCUGGCCAUUCUAGUCUUCACAAUUGCAGGGGUAAGCCUUCCUAUAACGAUCAUAAUCGGAAUUAUUGGCCUGUUAGUAUUAUUCUUAUUCACUUCCUAUCGGGGAAGGAUGCAAUACUACUUCUACCUUCAAGGUCUGUUAUCAGCCAAUUACAUUAUAUUCAUUGUGCUUGUCGUGACAUGUCUGGCAAUAAUAGUUUGUUUUACUGGAGCUCUAAAUCCCCUUGUGAUUAUCAUCAUCGGCUGUGGAGUUGUAUUGCUAAUCCUCUAUAAUAUCAUCGACAAUAGAUUUGUUGGGAACAAAUAUACGGCACCCUGGGCAACUCAAUUCAUGUUCUCAGCCAUCAUCUCUGAGUCAUUCCUACAAAGUGACAACAAACUCGCUCCAAUUAGGUAUUCUUAUUCAGACAUAAAAAAGAUGACUAAGAAUUUUGAAGAUAAACUAGGCCAAGGGGGAUUCGGUUCUGUUUACAAAGGAAAGCUUCGAAGUGGCCAUCUUGUAGCAGUCAAAUUACUUGGAAAAUCCGGAGCAAACGGGCAAGACUUCAUCAAUGAAAUAGCAACUACUGGGAGGAUCCAUCAUGUAAAUGUUGUUGAACUUGUUGGAUAUUGCGCUGAAAGAUCCAAGCGUGCCCUCAUUUUCGAUUUCAUGCCAAAUGGUUCCCUUGACAAGCACAUCUUCAUCCGAGAAAAAACUUCACCAAUGGAUUGGGAAAUGAAAUUUAAAAUUGCAGUUGGAGUGGCUCGAGGGAUUAAGUAUUUGCACCAUGGUUGUGACAUCCGGAUCUUGCAUUUUGACAUCAAACCUCACAAUAUACUUCUUGAAGAUAAUUUCGUUCCAAAAAUAUCAGAUUUUGGGUUGGCAAAAUUAUGUGCCACAAAUAAGGAGGCAGUGACAUUGACGGCCGCUAGAGGAACCAUAGGGUAUGUUGCUCCUGAACUUAUCAAUAGAAGUAUUGGUAGAGUGUCUUACAAGGCCGAUGUGUACAGUUUUGGAAUGUUGUUGAUGGAAAUGGUGAGCUUAAACAAACACUUGACACGAAACAAUGAUGAAUCUAGUAAGUAUUUCCCGAACUGGAUAUAUGACCACUUGAGCCAAGGUAGGGACAUUGACGUUGGAAAUGUUGAUGAAAAUGAUGAUAGAAUCAUUGUUCGGAAGAUGACUAUUGUUGCGUUAUGGUGCAUACAAAUGAGUCUAGAUAAUCGUCCAUCAAUGAAUAAGGUACUGGAUAUGUUAGAAGGUGAUGUUAAACAUCUGCAGAUUCCUGAUUAUCCGUCACAAACAGUGUAUAGGGAUAAAAAUGGGGAAGAAUGGUGGAAUACAGAUUCAUAUGAUUCCACAUCAUUGUUGCAUGAUAACAAUGGUAGCUGCAGUAUUGAGAUAAUUAACAAUGCUUGAAUCGGCCUCUCUUGUACAAGUAUAUUGCUUUUCGUUAUCAGAGUGAAUUGCCAUGCCAUUAAUUAGUUAUGUACUUUUAUGGUGUAGUGAAUUAUAUUGAUGAAUUUAUUUAAUCCAUCUCAUACAGUUUUGGCAUGUUUGUGAGCUAGAGAGAGGGUUUUGAGUUAUUUGAAAAGAAUUCUCACUAGUAGUGAAGAUAACUUGUGUAUGUACUGCAGUGCUUGCAGUUAGUUGUGUGGAUAUUUCAGGUGCGAGCUAAACUAUACGCCAUUCGUCCACGAAAAAUAGGUUUAUUUUAAAAAUAAAAAUUUUCUUUCAUGCAC